AUGGGGCUCCUGUCCAAACCCGGCGCGGCCCAGGGCAGCAGCGCCUCUUCGGGCCGAGCCCGCAGCUGUCGCCGCUCCGUCUUCCGCAACAUUAAGGUGUUCGUGCUCUGCCAAGGCAUCCUGCAGCUCUGCCAGCUCCUGUACAGCGCCUGCUUCAAGAGCAGCCUCACCACCAUCGAGAAGCGCUUUGGGCUCUCCAGUUCUUCCUCGGGUCUCAUUUCCAGCUUGAAUGAGAUAAGCAAUGCCAUCCUCAUCAUCUUUGUCAGCUACUUUGGCAGCCGGGUGCACCGUCCACGACUGAUUGGCAUCGGGGGUCUCCUGCUGGCUACAGGAGCCUUCAUCCUCACCCUCCCACACUUCCUCUCAGAGCCCUACCAGUACACCUUGGCCACCACAGGGAAUCGCAGCCGCUUUCAGGCCGAGCUCUGUCAGAAGCAUUGGCAGAGCCUGCCCCCCAGUAAGUGUCAGAGCACCACCCAGAAUCCCCGGAAAGAGACCGGCAACAUGUGGGGCCUGAUGGUGGUUGCCCAGCUGCUGGCUGGCAUUGGGACGGUGCCCAUUCAGCCAUUCGGGAUCUCCUACGUGGACGACUUCUCAGAGCCCAACAACUCACCUCUGUACAUCUCCAUCUUAUUUGCCAUCUCUGUAUUUGGACCGGCUUUCGGGUACCUGCUGGGCUCCGUCAUGCUGCAGAUCUUUGUGGACUACGGCAGGGUGGACACAGCUACAGUUAACUUGACCCCAGAAGACCCCCGAUGGAUUGGAGCCUGGUGGCUAGGCCUGAUCCUUUCUUCAGGCUUCUUGGUUCUCAGCUCUUUCCCCUUCUUUUUCUUUCCUCGAACAAUGCCCAGAGGAGUGGAGAGGUCUCCUGCCAUGGUGGAUGAAGCAAGGAUGAUGGAGGACAAUGGCUCAAGAGGCUCUGUGGUGGAUUUUAUUAAACGGUUUCCCCGUAUCUUCCUGAGGCUCUUGAUGAACCCCCUCUUCAUGCUGGUGGUGCUGGCCCAGUGUACCUUCUCCUCCGUCAUUGCCGGCCUUUCCACAUUCCUCAACAAGUUCCUGGAGAAGCAGUAUGGCGCCUCUGCGGCCUAUGCCAACUUCCUCAUUGGUGCUGUAAACCUCCCUGCUGCAGCCUUGGGGAUGUUAUUUGGAGGAAUCCUCAUGAAGCGUUUUGUUUUCUCUCUACAAACCAUUCCCCGAGUAGCUACCACCAUCAUCAUCAUCUCCAUGAUCCUCUGUAUCCCUCUCUUCUUCAUGGGAUGUUCUACACCAGCCGUGGCCGAGGUCUACCCCCCCAGCACAUCAAGUUCUAUACAUCCGCAGCCUCCUGUGUGCCUCAGGGACUGCUCGUGCCCAGAUUCUAUCUUCCACCCAGUCUGCGGGGACAAUGGAGUGGAGUACCUCUCCCCUUGCCAUGCCGGCUGCAGCGACAUCAACAUGAGCUCUGCAGCCUCCAAGCAGGUGACUUAUUUGAACUGCAGCUGUGUGGACGGGAGAUCUGCCUCAGCAAAGUCAGGAUCGUGCCCCAUCCCCUGCGCCCACCUCCUGCUCCCGGCCAUCUUCCUCAUCUCCUUCGUGUCCCUGAUAGCCUGCAUUUCCCACAACCCCCUCUACAUGAUGGUUCUGCGUGUGGUGAACCAGGAAGAAAAGUCAUUUGCUAUCGGGGUUCAGUUCUUGCUGAUGCGCUUGCUGGCCUGGCUGCCGGCUCCAGCCCUCUAUGGCCUCACCAUUGACUAUUCCUGUAUCCGGUGGAACUCACAGUGCUCUGGGAGGCACGGGGCCUGCGCCUACUACAACAAUGAUGCCCUCCGAAACAGGUACCUGGGCCUGCAGAUGGGCUACAAGGCCCUGGGGAUGCUGCUGCUUUGCUUCAUCAGCUGGAGGGUGAAAAAGAACAAGGAGUAUGACGUGCAGGAGAAGGCUGCGGGCCUCGUCUGACCUGUCCGGGCCAUGCCUUGCGCCUGAGAAUGGACCCUGCCACCUCUGCACUUGCCUGCGUUCAUCAACGUUAGCACAUCAUUCCCUUUACAUUUUUAAAAUAAGAAAGAAAACCCCAGUCACCAUUUACCUUCUUUGCCUCCUCUUCCCAAAAGUCCCUCCUGUAGAUCCUCGGUGGGCCACAGUAGGGGAGCCAGGUCUUCC